AUGGUUCAAGUAGCUCCGCCGUACAGCGACUUCCAAGGAGAAGAGGAUACUACUAGUUUUCGUCGAUUCAACACAAGAGGACCCAGCUACCCCAUCAGUCAUGACCGCGAGUUUCCAGCGGUGGCAAGUCAUGGAGUUUUUCCAGGAGCGCGAAGCCAUCACCCAUCACCUCACGAGUCUCGCACUGUCGGCCAGUCGCCUGAAAGUGAAUCAAACUCACGCCCGAGAAGCAGAAUUCCGGUUGCCUGUGGUCGAUGCCGGAAGAGGAAGAUUCGGUGCAGUGGCGAUGCCGGCGGUCCAUGUUCAAACUGUAAAAAUGCCGGCAAUGACCAAUGUCAGUUUCUGAGAGUUUCGUCAGAACCCGCUCAGAUGAAAAACGAGUGUGCGACAUACGACUUUGACUCUUCAGGUAGUGCAGCCUCCCGAAUCAAUUGCCGCACCGGAAUGAUACCCUUUGGGUCUCACUCUUUCGCCUCUCAGUCUGCUUCAAUUCCUCUUGACAAUUAUCAGUACCGGAACAGUUCGUUGCCCUCAUAUCCCUACAUGGUCAAACCAUACUACCAUAUGUCAUACGGUGAUUUCAGUGAGGAGCCCGCAGAUUAUGGCCUUCAAGGACCGCUCAUGGGAAAUGAUCAUUUGAGCUUUUCUUCCAACUACAUCGCCACAUCGUCUUCUGGAAGAGGCUGGACACCAGCCCCAGCCCCAGGCUCACUCAUGCCCAAGGCUCCCUUAUUCAUUGAGCAGUCCAACACACCCUACACUCACAAUCAGCUGCCUUUCCACGGCUACCCCCUUCGAGGAAACAUGAACUCCGAGUCGAAGCACGGUUCGGUGAAUGGGAUGAGCGCAACACUACCUCCGCCCCUAGUCAACACCAGUGUUGAUCGCAUGCUGCCUCCGGUCCCACCUUCGAGCAAUCGCCAGACACAAAUUGGUCCUUUCUUUCGAUCAUCUGACAGCCUUCCAUCGGCGGCAACACUGCAAUCACAAUCACAUUCAUUCUCAGAUUACAGCAUGAUUAGGGGCAACAAGAAUAACAACGGCGAAACAGUCUCCGACAAUUCUUCCAUAUCGACAGGCUAUCUCCCGAUGCCAAGUACAAGUCCGGAGCCCCUCUCUUCGUCGCAUAUGGCUUACGGAUCACAGCCAUCGAUGUCUAUGAGCCAGCAGAGGGACAUGUAUACACCGACUAGUACUGAGGGACUGUGCGCUAAUGAGUCCUCGGGUGACUCUUCAUACGGCCACGUCAGUGAAGGAUCAAAGCGAGGUUCACACAGCAGCCAAAACUCGACUGGAGAUGGAUCUCAUCCAUCUCAGUCAAGUGGUGGCGGCCGUCUAGUCAACGACCGCGAGUAUCAUUAUGUACCAACUGGAAUCAAUGCGAAUGGCUACCCCUAUCCCGUGCCGCCAAUUCAACAACCAACCCCGGUAUCUUCCCGCCCUUCGAUCUCAGUCAGAGUAGACCAGGAGUAA